UCUAGCGAUCUGCAGCUAUAUAGCUCUGGGGGCGUAACAAGCACUGCCAUUUAUAUAGUCCAUCGGUCGUGUGUACCUGACUUGAUCAGAGAUUUUGCUAUUAUGUCUGAAGCACCGACGACCGGUGGCGAGGUCCUCACUCCAGACGAUGCCGUCAAAGUACUGGAGGAGCUACUACCAGCACAGAACCAGUCCUCCAACUGGGACUGAAGCUGAAUCUAAAGCCACAUCAAGUUCAGGGCAUCCAUUCAACGUACCCCGAGCCAGAAAACCGCCUCCUCCAAGUGGUCAUGAUGUUCCUCAACCAAGAGCCCAGGCCAACCUGGAGAGUCAUUGUAGAUGCCCUCAAAAGUUCUGCAGUCAAUCUUCCUCAGCUAGCAAUGACUGUGGAGGCAGCUCACUUUCCUGACACUACACCACAGCUACCUGAAGCCAGUGUCUCUUCCUCUCAGAGUCCGGCCACCUCCUCUCAACCAGGCCUCUCCUCACCUGUCCAUGGUUCUGUAGCCUCAGCAUUCACUGAAGUCGACUAUCAACCAGACCUACCACAACCAGGUUAGUCCACUACUGUAGCUGUUAACCAGCGCCACUCCUGAAUAUUUGUUAUGCUCGAUUCUCUGCCAGUCACAUCACAUGCGUCAUUAUCAUAAGCCAAGUUAAAAUCACAAUGGAUAAAGAGGGUAAUAUACUGUUAUAAGAAGAACAUGUAAUCUUUCCAGCCCUAUUAGUCAGUGCCCUUAUGGCAGCUGCCAUUGGACCCAGCAAUUGUG